AGGUUCUGAAGCGCUUGGACCAGCUCAUGAGCAUUGGUUCGGAGGUGACAGAUGAAAUCCUUUGCUGGACGGGCAGCGCCGAGCAGAAACUGGAUCUUCAGCUUGCGCCUGGACGUUCGAAUCCGUGUCUACCUGCGCCGUGUUCACCACUUCUGCUUCUAUUCCGCCCAGUGGUUCAAGGAUGAGUGGGAGCUCCGCGAGCGUUGCGGGACCGCCACCCUCCGUGAGACUUCGACUGUGCAUCCGAGUGGUGGGGAGAGGACGAGGCGGCAUGAGGCCAACAUCAAGGACUUUUUGGCGAAGAAUGUGUCGUUGCAGAGGCCGCAAGUGAUUUUGCCCGAGGAUCAGGAUUUUGUGAAGCACUUGGCGCAGGCGGCGGAGCACGCGAUGCUGACGAUGGAGCAGAAGGUGCAAUGCAGGCUGUGUAGCAAGUACUUCAAAUCCCCGGAUCACGUCCGGAAGCAUCUCAAUCGUAGCCACCUGGACUGGGUCGAGGCCCAUCGGAAGGAGCUACACCAGGUGAUGGCCGAGAAGGCCUGGUGGAAGGAGCAAGGCGAUGUCUCACUCUAGAAGAGUUGGACUCGGACAACGAGAUUCCCUGAGAAUGCAGUGAAUUCAUCAAGCCUUCCACCUGCAUCCUGACCGGAAGAACAUGGUGUGGGUCAAAACCUGGACCCCAAA